AAUUUAUUUAACACAAAAGACUGAUAACAAUUAUUAUCUGGGUGAUCUCUUCUACAUCAGAUAAAUGCGCAUCUUCUAACAGAAAAUUAUAAAAGAAAUUUUUAUUCAUAGAAAGAUGAUCGAGUUCAAAAUAUCCGCACCGGGUAAAGUGAUCUUAUACGGAGAACACGCAGUGGUACAUGGAAAAACUGCUGUGGCGGCUAGCUUGAACUUACGCACGACUCUUAAAUUCGCCGAACUGCCAAAUUCAGAGGACGUUAUUAAAAUAGAGUUCCCUGAUGUCAAAUUAUAUUUGAAGUUUCCUUUUUGCGUAUUUUUUGACUACUUUUUUGGCAAUAAUUUUCAUUAUUCGUUGAUCAAGGAUAUAAAUGAAUUGCAUAUUCGUGUGAAAGAUUUUAUCGAUUCGAUAGAUCAUGUAAUAGACAAGAAUAACAGCGAUACUCUUAUUGAGCGGCAGAGAUCAAGCUUACAAGCGUUCUUUUACCUGCUCGUUUAUAUCGCCUACGAAGAACACAUUAAUAUAGAAGAAACUUCCUUCCACGUGCACUUAUCCACGGAAUUAGCGGUCAAUUCUGGUCUAGGCAGUUCGGCAUCGUUCGCGGUAUGUCUUGCAGCGUGUUUUCUACAUUGGUCGCGCUUGCAGAAAGGCGAACACAAUACAUUUAACAAGGACGAACUCGAUAAGAUCUCGAAGUACGCUCUAAAUUGUGAGCGAAUUAUGCACGAGUCUCCAUCCGGAAUCGACAAUAGCGUAUGCACAUACGGUUCAAUAAUAAAAUUUAAAAAUAAACAGCUGGACAUGAUACCACAAGUGCCGGAUCUCAAGAUUCUGCUGGUUAAUACAAAUAUUACCCGCAGUACAAAAAAACAAGUGAAACAAGUAGCGGAACUGAAAGAUUUAUAUCCUUCGAUCGUCAUUCCCAUCCUGGAUAGCAUCGACGCUCUAUCGAACCACGCUUGGGAAACGCUCAAUGAAAUUAACCAAUUCUCUGGAUCUAUAAAGCUAGAUGAUCGGCACACAACGUUAUCGUGUUUCAUUCACAUGAACCAAGGAUUACUAACCGCAUUGAACGUGUCACAUCCGAAGUUAGAGAUGAUUUGUACAUUGGCAAUGACACAUUCAUAUGCGGGGAAGCUCACGGGUGCAGGUGGAGGUGGAUGUGCAUACAUUUUACUGCCAAAGGACGCUGACAACGGAUCUAUCAAAAUUUUCACAAAACAGUUAGAGGAAAAAGGUUUCGAAGUCACGAUGACAAGUCUAGGUUGCAGCGGAGUGAUUAUUGAAGAUUAAUUUAAAAUAGAUUAAAAUGAACAACUUAUAUAUUAGUAACUAAAUAUGAAUAUAUUAAAAUAAUUUAAUUACAAUGGUAUUUCCCUGGUGGAAGAGAACGAGGAAAAAAAUACAAUUUUAUAUAAUAUUCUAUAUUCUGUACAUUUAACAAGGAUAAUAAAGCACGUAUUUGUUAAAUAAA